AUGAUUUUAUACCCGCACAAGUAUUUCCCCAACACGGUAAAAUGCAUGCUGGCGGCGCAUAUUUACAGUUUCCCAGUGGAACUGUCCGAUGACUUUUUCUACACACGGAGUUUUGACAUAGAGAAAAGUCUUGUAGUGAAUAAGAAGCCUCUCCUAGUUUACGAAAACCAUUACGUGAGUUCGACUAAGGCAAUAUGUUUCCUGUUCCAUCGGUUGCGCAAUGCGGAAAGUAAAAAGUGCGUGGAUAGCAAACUACGGAUGUACAUGUCCUGGGUAGAAUGGAGUGACCUGCUGGAGAAGCACAUCGAAGUGUUGAAUAAAAAAAAAAUAAUUGAUAGUUUGGAUGAGCUGGAAAGUUAUCUGAAGGAAAACCAAAAUAAGAAUUUCAUAUGCAGCUCUGGAGAAGAUUCCCAAGCGGAUAAUAACGACAAGAUAACUUUGGCAGAUAUUUUUGUAUACAUUUCGCUGACCCACUGUAAUAUUGAAAUAUGCAGGGAGAGUUGGGUACACAUAAGCGAGUACAUACAAAAAAUAAACCAACUGGAGGAUGUGCAGAAAAUUCUAAAGGAUGUGGAACAUAUUUACAAAUAUAAAAAUAUUUAUAAUUUAUUUAUUUCAAAAAUUCACGAGAAAAAUAUCAACUCUUAUUUGAAGAAGGACAAAUUUUACAUAACCACGGCGAUUAACUAUGUGAAUGGAGACCCGCACAUUGGGCAUGCUUACGAAAUAGUGCUUGCAGAUGCUAUUGCUAGGUAUCACAAGAAUAUAGGGAGGAGGGUGUUCUUCACCACAGGUGCUGAUGAGCACGGAAUGAAGAUUGCAAAUCAGGCGGCGAGAAAUAAUCUCACUCCACAAGAAUUGUGCGAUAAAAAUGUACUUAAAUUUAAGGAGUUAAAUAAAUUGUUACAUGUGAAUGAGGAUUACUAUGUGAGGACGACUUGUGAUAAGCAUAAGAAAAUUGCACAAGAAAUUUGGACAAAGUGUGAAGAGAACAAAGACAUUUAUUUGGGUGAAUACGAAGGAUGGUACAACGUCCGUGAGGAGACAUACGUGCCGGAAAAUGAAGCCAAGUUAAUGAAUUAUAGAGAUCCACUCAACAAUAUUAAGUUGGAAAAAAUGAAAGAAUCGUCGUACUUUUUUAAAAUGUCGAAAUAUCAACAAAGGUUAAUUGACUAUAUACUUGAGAAUCCGCAUUUCAUCCAACCGGAACAGAAGAGGAAUGAAAUUUUGCAGAGACUGAAGGAACCUUUGGCUGAUCUGUCCUGUAGCAGAACGAAAUUUUCGUGGGGAAUUCCCGUCCCAAGUGAUAAGAAGCAUGUUAUGUAUGUGUGGAUGGACGCUCUAAUAAAUUAUUAUUCUAGUUGCUUCAUCGUGGAUGGGAAGGAGGAUUAUUGGCCAGCAGAUGUGCACCUAAUCGGAAAGGACAUUGUGUGGUUUCACUCAGUUAUCUUCCCUACCAUUCUUAUGUCAGUAAACGUGCCUCUCCCCAAGAGUGUAUUUUGUCACGGCUUUGUCUUAGCAGGGGAUGGGAAAAAAAUGUCCAAGUCGUUAGGCAAUGUGGUAAACCCGUUUGAAAUAAUAGAGGCCUACGGAUCGGAUGCUUUUCGCUUCCACGUUAUUAAGGAGACCAAGAGGGGAUUCGACAUGCGCUUCGACAUUGACAAUUUGGUCGACAUGUGUAACUCCGAUUUGGCCGACACGAUUGGAAAUUUGGUCCAAAGAACCUUAUCCCUCUGUCAGCUGUCAAAUGAUUCGAAAAUCCCCCCCCUCUUUGAAGAGUACAACAUCGACUUGCCAUUCAGUCUGCUCCACUUUAUCAACCGAGUGGAGUUCUACAUGCAGACUUACUGCGUCCAGGUAUGUUGUGAGAAAACAGUAAACGUGUGCAAAGAUUUGAAUAAAUUCCUUACCGAGUUAGCCCCAUGGAAAUACACAAAUGAAGAACAGAAUAAAAAGUUACACAUCAUUAGGAUCAUGAUGGAGGCCAUUUAUCUUAUUGCCCAUUAUUUGGACAUUUUUAUACCAUGCAUUGCUUCGCAAAUUUUCCAAAAAUUAAAUACACCCAAGAAAAGCAUAGUCGAUUUAAACCCCUGGUUGAAUAACCUCCAAGAAGGGGCACACAUCAAUAACGAUCAUAUUUUAUUUAAAAAGUUCGAGGUGGAAAGUGCGCAGAUAAAAAUGCAGAAGGUUGUUAUGCGUGUGUGCAAAAUUGUAAAUAUUGUCAAGCAGGAAGAAAGUCAAAAAGCGGCCACCAUUUUUGAAAUUGAGGUGGAUGACAAUGAGAAGCACUUAGCUGUUCUGUACCUUCCCACCCCUCCCAACUGUAUCAACACGUUUACCGUUGCUAUUUUGAAUAUAAAGCCCAUCACCAUCAACAACAUUACCGUUAAUGCGAUUAUCCCUCAUGUGAACAAGGAAGUAUUUACCUUUGCGGGGGAAGCGAAUAUGCAAACGGGCACUUUAAUUAAAGCGAAGAAUUACAAAACGCUCGUAAAACAACGGGAUAAUUUAACCAAGAAGGAAGUCAAUUCUUUGGAUCUCUCCAUUAUUAAUGGGCAUUGUUUUUUCGAGAAAACCGUUCCCUUAGUUUUCGCCUCAUCGGAGGACAUGCCCUUUUACCACUCCACGCAGAGCAGAGGGCCCCUCAAGUUUUUCUAA